AUGGCGGAGCCACGGAAGCCCUGGAGCUGCACAGAGCUGCCACUGCUUGUGCUGCUGGGGACAUUGUGCGCUCAGGGAGCCGGGCAGAUCCGCUACUCCGUCCCCGAAGAGCUGGAAAAAGGCGCCCUGGUGGGCGACAUCGCCAAGGACCUGGGGCUGGAAUCGCAGGAGCUGGUGGAGCGCGGAGUCCGCAUCAUCUCCCGAGGUAGGGCGCAGCUGUUCGCUCUGAACGCGCGCAGCGGCAGCUUGGUCACGGCGGGCAGGAUAGACCGCGAGGAGCUUUGUGCCCAGAGCCUGCGGUGUGUGGUGAGCUUCAACGUAUUGGUGGAAAAUAAAAUGAAAAUUUAUGGAGUGGAGGUAGAAAUAAUGGAUAUCAAUGAUAACUUUCCGCGAUUCCGGGAUGAGGAAUUAAAAGUAAAAAUCAAUGAAAAUGCGGCUGUGGGGACGCGGUUGGUGCUUCCCUUUGCGCGGGAUGCGGAUGUGGGCGUGAACUCGCUCCACAGUUACCAGCUCAGCUCCAAUCUGUACUUCUCUUUGAACGUGAAAACCGGAAAUGAUGGCGAGAAAUACCCGGAGCUGGUGCUGGAACAGCCCCUGGACCGCGAAAAAGAAGCUGUUUACAGCCUCCUGCUUACUGCCUUGGAUGGUGGAGAGCCCACACUGUCUAGCACCGCGCACAUCCUCGUGGAGAUCCUCGACGCAAACGACAACGCGCCCCUGUUCCCUCGAUCUGAGUACAGAGUGAGUGUGCCGGAAAAUGUCCCCGUGGGCACUCAGCUCCUCACGCUGACCGCUACGGACCCAGACGAAGGGAUAAACGGAAAACUAGCCUACACUUUCCGCAAUGAGGAAGACAAAAUUGCAGAGACUUUCCAUCUUGAUCCCAACACGGGGGAAAUCUCGACUUUGCAACCCCUGGAUUAUGAAAAAACCAGUUUCUACCGCAUGGAAGUGGUAGCCCAGGAUGGAGGCGCCCUUCUGACCAGCGCCAAAGUGCUGAUCACAGUCCAAGACGUGAAUGACAAUGUCCCCGAAGUGAUCCUCACCUCUCUCACCAGUUCUGUGGCUGAGGACUGCCUUCCUGGGACCUUGAUCGCACUGUUCAGUGUGCAUGAUGCUGAUUCUGCAGAGAAUGGUGAAAUUGAAUGCUCUGUCCCCAGCAACCUGCCUUUUAAACUCGAAAAGUCCAUUGAUAAUUACUAUCACCUGCUAACCACAAGCGCCCUGGACAGGGAGGAGACUUCAGAUUACAAUAUCACAGUAACCGUCAAGGACCAUGGAACUCCUGCUUUGUCUACAGAAAAUCACAUCUUCCUGAAAGUCCGUGAUGUGAAUGACAAUCCACCCACUUUCACUCAUGCCUCCUACUACACCUCCCUCCUGGAAAACAACCCCAGGGGUGUCUCCAUCUUCUCCGUGACAGCUCAUGACCCAGACAGUGGUGACAAUGCCCAAGUCACCUACUCCCUGGCUGAAUAUACAUUUCAGGGAGCGCCUCUGUCCUCCUACAUCUCCAUCAACACUGACACUGGCGUCCUGUAUGCACUGCGCUCCUUCGACUAUGAGCAGUUCCGAGACCUGCAGCUCUGGGUGACAGCCAGUGACAGUGGGGACCCACCUCUCAGCAGCAAUGUCUCCUUCACCCUCUUUGUGCUGGACCAGAAUGAUAAUGCCCCCGAGAUCCUCUACCCCACCCUCCCCACCGAUGGAUCCACAGGCGUGGAGCUGGCACCCCGCUCUGCAGAACCUGGCUACCUGGUGACCAAGGUGGUGGCAGUGGACAGGGACUCUGGCCAGAAUGCCUGGCUGUCCUACCGGCUGCUCAAGGCCAGCGAGCCAGGGCUGUUCUCUGUGGGGCUGCACACGGGCGAGGUGCGCACAGCACGGGCCCUGCUGGACAGAGAUGCACUGAAGCAGAGCCUGGUGGUAGCCGUCCAGGACCACGGGCAGCCGCCUCUCUCGGCCACUGUUACACUCACAGUGGCCGUGGCCGACAGCAUCCCCGCAGUGCUGGCUGACCUGGGCAGCCUGAAGCCUUCAGUGGAAGCUGAUGAGGCAGACCUGACUCUGUACCUGGUGGUGGCAGUGGCCACAGUGUCGUGUGUCUUCCUGGCCUUUGUGAUUGUGCUGCUGGCACUCAGGCUGAGGCGCUGGCACCACUCCCGCCUUCUGCAAGCCUCAAGAGGGAGAUUGUCGGGUGUGCCAGCCUCACACUUUGUGGGAGUGGACACCUUCCUGCAGACCUACUCUCAUGAGAUCUCUCUUACCACGGACUCCCGGAAAAGCCAUUUGAUCUUCCCGCAGCCCAACUAUGCGGAUAUGCUCAUUAGCGAAGACAGUGGUGAGAAACAAGAGCCUCUCCUGGUGUCAGAUAAGAUAAACCCAAGCAAGGAGGAGCCUGGAGCCAUUCAGGUCAGUUUUCUUGUAGUAUGGAUGAGCUCAUUAUCCAUACAAUCGAGAGCAGAUCUGUGGCCAGAAGGCAACGUGCUUCUAGUGGCCGAGAAACCUUUAAACUUCUUCCACGUCACCGUGCUGAUCCAGGACCUCAACCACACGCCCAUCUUCAGCGACAACAGCACCAAACUUGCAAGGCCGGCCGGAGCCACCUUCGCGCUGGAGUGGGCACACGAAGAGGAGGAGCCAGAUGGCAGCAGUUACCCAGAGCGGGUGCAGACGGUGCCCCUGGACAGGGAGAGGCAGGCUCACCACCACCUGGUCCUCAAAGCCAUGGACUGGGGUGCACCACCCAGGAGUAAUGCAACCCCGGUCCAGCUCAUGGUGGCCGACGCCAACGGUAACCCACCGAGCUUCACCCUGCACGUGUACUCAGCGAGCGUCCGGGAGAACCUGCCUGCCAACUCAGCGCUGCUGAGAGUAAUAGCCAAGGACACGGAUGAGGGCGGCAAUGCCCAGAUCACCUACCCCUUCAUCAAUGUUGGCGAGGCGGCCAGACAGUUGUUCAGGCUGGGUAUACUACGCUCGGACUCUAAGCGUCGCUGUUCACUAACUCGGACAAAAGAAGCCCAGGGAACUCGGAUUUCUGCAUCCAGCCAGCAAAGCCGAUCUGCCACCUACGUCCGGAGGAUGUUUGGUCUUGAAACUCUUUGCAUCAGGUCUUUGCUGAUUUGGGAAUCCUGA